AUGCACUCGAAGAUCUUGCUUGCUACUCUCGCCCUUGUCUCAACCACAUUAGCUGGUAACCACAACGGUGACUUCGCUGCUAGACGUCGUCAUCACGUCGGAAAGCGUGACUGGCACCACCAUGGUGACCAUCACGGAGACCAUCACGGAGACCAUCACGGAAACCAUCACGGAGACCACCAGGGUCACCAUCACCGCGAAGAUCACCACGGCCACCACUGGGAUCAUGAUUGGGAUAAUCAAAAUGGUGGUAGUCAAGACAACAGCUCCGGUGACUCUACUGCUACUACGACUUCAAGCUGGUCAGCGCCUAGUGCAACCACCUCAUCUACACCAUCGUCAAACACUGGCGGUGCUGUCACUACUUCAACAAACUCGCCAGCGGCUAGUCCAACUACCACGUCUUCAGGCAACUCAGACAGCACUACUAGCGGCACCGAGAAAGCUGGUCUCGCUUGGCCAAAUGGUAACGCAAAUGACAUCAGUAAAUGGUCAAAGGGUAACAUAGGCUGGUACUAUACCUGGAGUCCAUGGCCAGUAGACUCAGCUGGUGAUCUCGACUUCUACCCUCAACUCUGGGGUCAAAAGCAAGUUUCAACCUGGAACCAACAAAAGAGUAAAUUCGCUGAGUGGGGUACUACCCACAUUCUCGGUUUCAACGAGCCAAACGAAGUGGGUCAAGCAAACAUGAACCCAGCUGAUGCUGCCAGUUUAUGGAACCAAGAGAUUGCACAAUAUCAAGGUCAAUACACGCUCAUCUCGCCAGCAUGCACUUCUCGCGUUGGAGAUUCAGCAUCUGGCAGUGACGGUAUCAAGUGGUUGCAAGAAUUCCAACAAAACGGUGCAAGCUUCGACGCUGUUGCUGUCCACAUCUAUGAUACUGAUUACGAGAGUGUUAUCAGCACUCUUCAAAAGUUCCACGAUACUUUCCAACUCCCCGUCUACUUGACUGAGUACGCUUGCCAGAAUUUUGCUGGUGGCGCUCAAUGUUCGGAAAGCGAAGUCUGGCAAAUGAUGGAAAAGACAUCUAGCUGGAUGGACGAGCAAGAGUGGAUGCACGGUUACUCUUGGUUUGGUGUAAUGGAGAACAUGCAAGGCGUCAACCAAUUGAAUCAAUUAUUGUCCAACGAUUCACCAACUGAAUUGGGAUCUUACUACAUUCAAUCAUCAUAG